AUGCAGAGUCCACAAUCUCUGCUCCAGAGAUCCACAGAUCUGCGAGACAUCAGUGACCAUCUAGCGGCGACAACCAUUGUCUUCUCCACAGAUCUACAAGAACCAACCUUCAAUUCCACAGAUCUACGAAACCAUCUCCGGGCGACAACCACACACCGUCAGCGACGAGCGCGAGAACAACGGCGUCAAGCUUCAGCUUUGGCUUCUAGCACUGUCAACGGCGACCUUCGGCUUCAACGCCGUCAGGAUCAGCGGCGAGACCAACGGCGACUGGUGGCGAGCUUCUGCGUGUUUUUUUCGACGGCGAGCCAGCGACGCAGCCACUCGCCCAGGAGUCCCAGCGACGGAGACACAGCUCUGCGACGCAGCCACUCUGAUCUCCGGCAACCAUUCCGAUCGUUGCACUGCUCGCAGGUAGCCAAUUUUGAUCAAUUUUGGGUAAGCAAAGAUAUGGUUUGCCUCCAGGUCACAGUUUGGAAAACUACGAAAGAGCUUCAAAAGAAUAUUUCAACUGCCACAUUCUCUAGCAAUCCAUGCAGGGAGAUAGGAUCAUCAGGAGUUCGCUAUAUUUCAACUCAAGUUGUGAGAAACCGCAUGAAGAGUGUUAGAAACAUUCAAAAAAUUACUUAAGGCCAUGAAGAUGGUUGCAGCUUCCAAGCUCUGAGCAAUUCAAACUAGGGCUGAAAAUUCACGUGGUCUCUCGCAGCCGUUCACUGCUUUCCUUGGUGACACUCCAAGUAAGUCUAAAUUAAAUUUUCAGUAUCUAUGCAAUUUGAACCCUUAUUUAAGGUGGAAUUUAUAAAUUGGUUUUAUCUGCACUCUCUCUCGUCACAUUGGUAUAGAAUCAAUUGAAUAAGUAUUGUUUUUCCUUUAGAUGUAUUUGUCUAGAACUCCUAGGGAAGAUGAAUCUGUGUCAAGGAAACGUAGGGUCCUGAGAAUGGGUGUGUGAUGAAAUAUUGUCCAUUGCAUUCUUUUACCUUUUCUGUAAAGCUGCUGCAGUGACAAGGCAUGAUGAUCUUGUUGGGUUAUACUGAUUCUCAUUUUACCUUUUGAGCUCUUAUUAGGGUGCUUAUGCGUUCUUUUGGAUAUGUGCAUAUUUGUUAAAUGUUUGGCUAGCUUCUGUUUUCCUCUGUUUUCUGGUAUCCUAUUAGGUGUCGUUGUGAAGAAGAAUGUCAUUGUGACUAUUUCUUCAGACAAAGGUCUUUGUGGUGGAGUUAAUUCUACAGACAAAGGUCAUUGCAGCUUCAAACAAGUUAGCUUCAACGGUUGCAAGUUGAGUAGUUUCAAACAAGUUUGUUGACCGAAUAUUUUGAUCAUUAAUAUGUAUUUUGUGGAUUGUAUUGUAAUUUAGAUUAUGUUGUGGGUUGCGUUAUAUUGUGAAUAUUAUUUUAUUUGUGGAUGAUUUAAUUUGAUUAUGUUGAAUAAUAUUGCUGAA